AGGUAUCCCAUUUUAUAAUCUGGGGACACAGUAAGACAAUUUAUUAAAAAUCAGCUGAUUAGCUAUUCAACCAAAAUGAUCAACGUAAUGCGCGUCAUGCCUCUCUGUAAUUCUGCUAUCUGUAGUCAAAUCUCCUUUAUCAAGUCAAUCCUCUGUUUUUGAUAACUGUCAUUGUUAGUCUAAUUCCUUUUCCCAGGUUUUUCUUUUGUCUUUUUUACUUUGUCCCAGUGCUCUCUUUUGUCCUGUUCCCUGAUUAUGAGAGAGCAAACCUUACUAAGGUUCAAAUCACAGACAGGACUCUUACCAGGCAUGCUGAAGCGCACCAAAUACAGUCGUCUGCGCAACGAUUCGCUGACGUCUCUGGAGGAUCCACCCCAAAGAAUGCUGACGGACCUGUGCUUAGACUCUGAUUUUGCCCAGCUGGAUCCCAGGAUGCCUACACACCAUGGGCCGUCCACCCUGAGGGACUUCAUUCCCCGCAUGGCCAACAUCCGAUUGCAAAGUCCUAUUUCCCUGCAGAGCCUUAGGGGACAGACAAACACAGCCAGGGACAGAGCCAUUGAUGGACAAACUGACAGACCCUUUUCCGGAACAGAGUGGGGUUCUGGCCCUACUCAGAGAUUUUGUAGCCAACCCUCCCUCAAUGUGCCCCUAUCCACUGGCCACCACCUAACUCAUUUUGCUCUGCACUGCACAAAAAGACCCAUCACCCUGCAUCGGAUGGCCAGCCUCCCCUGGACCCCUAGUUGUCCUCCUCACUCGCAACACAGAGAUGGUCUAUGUUGUCUGAAGAUUUCUUCUGCGGUGGAUGACUGUACAGUGGUACAGAUGGCAAACAGAGCUGUUCACCAUCACAUCAAGUACAUGGGUAGUGUGGAGGUGACCCAGUCCAUGAGAACCCUUGACUUUGAAACGAGAAUGCAAGUCACACGAGAGGCAAUCAGCAGACUGUGUGAGAGGGCAUCAGCGCAUAAGACAGCAAUGAAAACUAAAAGGCCUGUAUGCAAGGGACUGUCUGCUAUUCUGGGUCAAAUCAACCUACAGUUUUCUGGGAGCAGGAUCAUCCUCGCUGUCUCCACAGACAGUGUGACUCUGAUCACUGCCUCCUCCUUACAGAUUGCCUAUCACCCCAUGCAGGCCAUUUCAUUUGCCUCAGGAGGAGACCCAGAUAUGGCAGAUUACAUUGCUUAUGUUGCUAAGGGCCCCAUCAAUCAGAGAGCAUGUCACAUCCUGGAGUGUCCCCAGGGCCGGGCUGGUGAGGUUAUCAACAGCAUCGGUCAGGCCUUUGAGACUCGUUUCCGACAACUUCUCAGCCACACGCCACCGGUCCUCUCGUCCAAUCCCAGGUCAGCAGUGAAAAUCUGUCCCAAAUGGAGCCCAGAGAUAACCACAGAACAAAAGACCAAGCAGCAAGGUGAAGCCAGCAAGUAUCAUGACUACUACAAUGUGAUCCCAGGAAAGACGCCACCCGCUGGUGGAAUAGAGGACCUGCGGCUCACAAGGGAGGAGAACAAACAGGAUGCUGACAUGCGGGGGGUUUGUUGGUCCCAGCCUGUUUCACUGUAUGAGAACUGCUCCAACACAGAAGAAAUUCCAGCUCCAUCUGCAGUCUCAGUGGAAUUUGAGGUUAGUGCUGAACAGUGUACUCCUGUCUCUGAGACACGGAUCCAGGACCUGAUCCAGGAAGAGGGCUGGUUCCACGGCAGGUUAGGAAGAGAGCAGGCAGAGUCACUUCUCAGCUGUAGUGGGGAUUUCCUGGUGAGAGAGAGCAGCUCUGCCUCUGGUCAGUAUGUACUCAGUGGUAUGGAGGGAGCCACUGUGCGGCACCUACUGCUGGUUGAUCCACAUGGACAGGUGCGGACCCGUGAUCAGGUGUUUCUGAGUGUUGGUCACCUGGUGCGUUUCCACAUGGAAAACCAGAUGCCUAUCGUUUCUGGGAGCAGCGAGCUGUGUCUGAAACAGCCAGUCCUACUAAGACACUAACACACACACUCAUAGACUGUCACGUGCAUACAUUACCCUUCAGCGGUUCUCAGUGUUUUUGGAGGUGAGACACAAUGUGGCCCCUCCCCAAAAUGUAAAUCUUUCAACAAUUUUAGCCAUGUGAACAUUUUAAUUCAACCACGUCCUGCAACAUGUAAGACAUCGCUUCCCAGAAUACUUUAGUAUUUGGUCAUUAAAGUACAAAUAUUGUAUAUAUGCAGUGAAUUCUUUAAUUUUCCUAACAUUUGAGUAAAUUCUCACACGUGCACACUGUGCCUCGCCCUGUGUGGAGAACAACCGCUGGCCCACAGAACAUCCUGUCUCUGUCUCUCAGGCUGAAUUUGCUGGUGUUUACUCAAAGUUUAAGCACAAUAACUUGUGUCGGGAGGAAAUUACCAGAAUGUUGGCAGACUUUCAGGAUAAUUUUUUUACAGGCUAAAUUUGUCUUGUGUCUAUUCAUUUUGAGUUUUUAUUGUUUUGUGUCCCCAUUUCCCAUGCUUGACUUUUGAAAAUAAAUUUUCAUUGCACUUA